AUGGCGACCCAGACCCAGACCCGCUCCGAGAGCCUGGUCAAGCUCUCGAACCGGGGCAAGCUCUACCAAAAGGGCGGAUCCACAGAUACCCUGCUCAAGCGCCUCAAGGCCGUGCGCGCCGAGCUGAGCGAAAUGGACCAGGACUACUGCGACGUCCGCUCGCUCGACGAGGUCCGCAAGGAGCUCGUCAGCACCGCCCUCAUGCUUCACAAGGACAAGGCCGUCAAGGCCUACGUGGCGUGCUGCCUCGCAGACAUGCUCCGCCUCUACGCUCCGAACGCCCCCUACACCCAGACUGAGCUCAGAGACAUCUUUCAGUUCUUCAUCCACCAGCUCACCGCGGGCCUCGCCAAGCCGUCGUCGCCGCAGUACUCGGAGCACUUCUACCUGCUCGAGAGCCUGAGCCACAUCAAGAGCGUCGUGCUGGUGUGCGACCUCAGCAACGCCGAUGAGCUCAUGACCGAGUACUUCAAGGGCUUCUUUGACCAGGCGCGUCCCGACCUCUCCAAGAACGUCGAGCUGUGCAUGAUCGACGUGCUGGUGGCGCUCAUCGACGAGUGCCAGACGCUGCCGACCGAGGUGCUCGAGCUGCUGCUGGCCAACUUUGGCACAAAGGCCGUCAAGCACAAUGCCGCCGCCCAUCGCAUGGCCGUCGAGGUAUGCUCGGCCACCCGCGACAAGCUGCAAAAGUACAUUGCGCAGUACUUCACCGAGGUGAUUGUGUCGGCGUCGCGCGAAGACGACCAGGACGAGCGGAUGGAGGCGCUGCAGACGGCGCACUCGCUCAUCAUGCAGAUCAACCGCUCGGUGCCCACGCUGCUGCUCAACGUGAUCCCGCAGCUCGAGGAGGAGCUCAAGGCCGAAGACGCGCAGCUGCGCAUCCUCGCCACGAAGGUGCUCGGCCAGAUGUUUGCGGAGCGGCCCUCGUCGACGGGCGCCGGCGGUGACCUGGCGCAGAAGUACUCGGCCACCUGGAAGGCAUGGCUCGGGCGUGCAAACGACAAGAGCGCCACGCUGCGCACCGUGUGGGUCGAGGCGACCCGCAACCUGCUCAUCAACCACCCGGAGCUGCGCGGCGACCUGACGCCCAUCCUCGAGCAGAAGCUGCUGGAGCCCGACGAGCGGGUGCGUGCCGCCAUGGCCAAGACGCUGGGCAGCCUCGACUACGAGACGGCGCUCCACCACGUCGACAAGCGCGUGCUGAUCAAGCUCGUCGACCGCUGCAAGGACAAGAAGGCCAACGUCCGCCGAGCUGCGAUGGAGGCGUCGGGCAAGAUGUUUGACAUGGCCUUUUCCGAGAUCGAGAGCCACGACCCGGCCGCCACGCGGCAGUUUGCGUGGAUCGCUUCCGAGAUCCUCAAGUGCGUCUACGCCGGCGGCUCUGACAUGCUGCAGGCGGCGGCCGCUGCCGUCGAGCAGCACAUCCUGCCGCUCCAGGCCAACGGCAGCGCCGACGACGACGAGGCGGCCUGGGCCAACCGGCUGCUGCUGGUCAUGAAGUUCCUCGACCCGGAGGCGAUCAAGGCGCUCUUCCGGCUGACCAACCUCAUCUACCAGCGACCCAGCGUCUUUGACCAGUUCGUAGCGUGCUGCGAGGCCUACAACGGCGGCGAGGUCGACAAGGACAGGGAUGUGGCGGCGGUCAAGGCGGCCAUGGCCGACAGCAUCCGGCGCUGCGCCACCCAGUUCGGCGACCCGCAGCGGGCCCAGUCGGACCUGCACGCCUUUGCCAAGCUCAACGAUGCGCGCAUCUACCGGCUGCUCAAGACGUGCUUCGACCCGCAGCAGGAGCUCAAGGCGCUGGUUAAGGCGCGCGCCGAUGCGCUGCGGCGCGUCGAGAACGCCAAUGCGGCCAUCCUCGACACCAUGACCGUCUUUGUGCGCAGCGGCUCGUUUUUCCUCGUCAACCGCUCGACGAUCCCGACGCUGGUCAAGCGGCUGCAGCAGAGCAAGCACGACUUUACGCCGAGCCAGGUCUUCCGCGAGUCGCAGUCGCAGUCGCAGCCGCUGGCGGGCCUCGACGAGACCGAGUCGCAGGCGCGCGUGCUAGCGAGGAGCAUGGCCCAACUGCCCGACAUGGAGGCGUUUCAGUCUUGCUCCAACGAGGUGCUCGAGUUUGUCGCCAAGCACUGCCCGCAGAUGUUUGCGGCCCACGUGCCCGAGCUGUGCCGGUCGCUGCACGAUGAGGGCAACCGCAUUCUCGUCCAGACCAGCCUCCAGGCGUUGGCGGCCGUGGCGCGCUGGAACGUCGACAAGGUGCAGCUCGACAGGAAGGCCAUCGACCGGGCGGCGCGCUACGUGCAGCGCGGCACGCCGCUCCAGGCCAAGUUUGCGGCCAAGCUGCUGGCAAUCGUCGGGUAUGCCGGCAUCGCCAAGGCGGCCAAGGACAGCAAGGGCAAGGGCGGCGGUGGCGGUGGACCACGGUCGGGCGCGAGCGGCUCCCAGAACCACGGCGGCGGCGGCGGCGGCAACUCGGCCUCGGUGGCCUACCAGGUGGUUGAGGAGGUGCUCGAGACGCUGGCGCGCGACCUGGCCAAGACGUCGGGGGAACGCCAGGUGGCCAGCCUGCACGCGCUGGCGCAGAUGUUCAAGCACGCGCCCGACGCCACCGAAAACGUGUCCGACACCGUCGUCAAGACGCUGCUCGCCAACAUCCUCUCGAAGCCGAGCUCUGCCAAGGCCGACGACUUUGCCGAGGCCGAGGACUGGAUCGACGACGACAAGGUGGAGCCGGAGCUGCAGGCCAAGCUGCUGUCGCUCGUGGUGCUGACGAAGCGGUGCGCCGCCUUUGCCGAGACGCCCAACGCCGGCGACGUGGCUAAGCCCGUCUUCCGGCUGCUGUGGACCGUCAUCGUCCAAGGCGAGGCCAAGGCGCUGGCGACGCCGGCGCCGCACCGGUCGCGGAUGCGGCUGCAGGCGGCCGUGUGCGUGCUCAAGCUGGCGCGCCACACCGUGUUUGACCAGAUGAUUGGGCGCGAGUACUUCCACCUGGCCUUUACGGUGCAGGACGAGUGCUUCAACGUGCGCAGCAAGGUGCUCCACAAGCUCCUCACCUACCUCUCGCGGCGGCGCAUCGACCCGCGCUUCCUGGCCAUGGCCUUCCUGGCCGCCUUUGACCCCGAGGACGAGAACCGCAACAUGGUGAUGCGCUACUGCGCCACGACGUCGCGCUCGCUGCCGCCCGAGCUGCGGCUCAAGCUGCUCGACGUGUCGUUCCCGCGCUUCAUCCACCUGCUGGCCAACCACCCAGACUUUUCGCGCGACUCGACCGAGGAGCUGCUCCAGUUUGUGCGCUACCUCGACUUUUUCUGCGACUGCCUCGCCACGGCGCAGAACGUCAGCCUCUUUUUCUACCUGGCCAACCGCGUCAAGCAGGUGCGCGACGCCGAGAGCCAGGGCGCCAGCGAGAAUCUGUACACGCUCAGCGAGAUGGCGCAGCUCGUCAUCAAGCGCCGCGUCGAGGCCAACGGCUGGACAAACGAGACGUACCCGGGCAAGAUUACGCUGCCCGCCGACAUCUUCAAGCCGCUGCCCAGCCUCGAGGUGCAGAGGGAGGUGAGUCGGACUACGAGUGCUGGGGAACCCCCAGCCAAAGAUUGCAAGCUCGGCGCCCAGCGAGCUUCGUGA